AUGUCCUUCAUCGCAGUUGGAGCCAACAAUCGCGCUGUUGAUUGUGGUGUUCCUCUCUUGACUGACACCCAGCACAACCCUCGCAACGCCAAGGGAGCUGAGACCGAGACAUUGCCCGAUGAUUUCAAUUUUGGCGUUGAGAACCCCACCUUUGUCGCCCUCCCUCAGUUCUAUGUUUACGUUCCUGGUAGCCAGAUCCCAGAGGACUUGAUCUUCAGGUCAACUUGGAGGAAUCUGUCCUUGCCACUCUGCUUCUGCCCAAACGCUUUUGAAGGCAUGCAGUUCCUUUUCUGCCAAAACAACGGAAAAAGUCUCCUGGCCGACGAGUCUGUUAUUGGCCCCUCGUCCAUUCCAUUGGCCUAUUUCACCUGGAAGGCCCUCCCCCACCCUGUCACCCGGACAUCUCUCUUGUCCCUGGCUUCUUCUGCCCACAUCGGCGCUACCGCCGUCACGCCCGAUUGUGCUCCAAAUCCUGCCAAAAUCAUUGCCCAAACCAUCGCCGCCAUCAAAGCGGGAGCCGCAAGUGAACCUGCCCCCUCCAUUGCCAAGGAACGAGCCUGUCUUGCAUGGCGCCUGCUCUUUGGCCAGUAUGUCGAACAACUGGAUGGUACCACAGUCUUUGUCCCAGCUGCUCUGUCCAACGAAUUUGAAAAUGUCCGCAAGCUCAAGCCCGCUGAAGCUCUUUGUUAG